AAAGCUUUCAGUCAGGGAUCGAUUGGCAACUUUUUCUACGUCAACUUCAUGAUAACUGAAUUUUCCUACCUGAACAUCUCCAGUAUUGGUCGGAAUCUUAUUCAAAAAGAAAACGAUUGUGGCUACGCCUGUUUAGAAAUUCCUUCAUGUUUUUCCUACAAUGUGGCUGCCUUCCCUGAUGUCAACGGCAAACUUCUGUGCGAACUGCUGCCAUCGGACAAGUUUAACAACUCGGACAAGUUCAACGCCAGCAAAGAGUUUCAUCACUUUUAUAUUCCGGUAAGUCAAACUUCUAAUUAAUCAAAAAUGUUCCUUCUGGGGAAAAUAAAAAGUUUCUUUUUGUUUGUUUGUGUGAUUAUUUUCUUUUGACUCUCGCUAGUUUCGAAAGUUAGCAUUUGUAAAUCAAAAUGUAUCUCUUCGCUUGGAAAAUCUUGAAUGCAGUGGAUUACGUUGUGCUUCAAAUGCAAAGGAAUUGGCUAAUGAGUUUGGAUAAAAAAACCCUUAUAAAAGUUUUACAACUAAGUUAAACCUUUCAACUCUUAAUUUAAACAUCUGCUGAUGCCCAAACAUACUUGAUGAAAUCGAUAUAUUUAUGUUCGAAUGUCCUAAACGUUAGUGAGGGGAGAGUUGCUGACAAAGGUCUCGACUGAAAUAUUUUCCGACAAAAAGCGUUUAGCUCGUAAAACACAUUUGUCAUAUCAUGAAUUUUGCUUAUUACUAGUUUGCAUACUUGGCUUGCCUUAAAAGUUACAGAAACGUUUUAAUACUCCUAUUUUAGGCUAAUCUUUUGCCAGCUAGACUAUAUCAGCACAACGCCUUGAAAUUCGGUAGCAUCUCUGCAAAUUUCUGGGUAAAUGAAACAGAGUUGACUUUCAAAACCUCACUAAAAACUCAACUGAGCAAAUCCAGCGGGGAGUGCAAGAGAUAAAAAUGUAUAUUGCUUGCCGUCCUUAAUUAUAUCGAUGUCAUUUAAGCAUCGACAUGUAUGUCAAAUUCGUUGCUUUUUGAAUCCAUGAAACAAAGCGAAAGGGAAACAAAGAAAAUUUAAUCCCAACUUUUGUAGGUUUACAGUAAGCUGAAUUUAAUCCACAGUUCGGCUCGUUGAAGUAGUUAUAACAUCAUAUAGUGAAGACAAUGAAUGUCUAUAGUUUUCGUACUGAAAGUUAACUGAGGCCCCGAAACUUUCUCUCUGUCUAGUGCUUUUCUUGUUCUGUUUGGACAUUACUAUGGCAACACAAAGUACCUAACCUGUUAACCUAUGGGAACAUUCAACUGAGGGAAUUCGUAUCCAUUAAACGUUCCUGGCAAUAAAUGAAUUUAAACGAGUAAACUGCCUUGUCGAAACAAUUUUUAUUGUAUCGAGUUCUUCGUUCUUUUUCACAAAAGCGAGCCACUUUGAUCCUCAUGUUUGGCUGAUUCAAUGGGAUAUUGCCAUAGCAACGCACAUUUAAAGAUAGGACUGCCACCUGUAACUGAUGAACCGUUCGUGUUUUGUUAUUAUGAAAAAAGCAGCUUUUGUCACAAGAAAUACAUGUUACUAGCGGUAGAAGUGCUACACUAUGAAAAAGCAAGCAUCAAAUUUUCUAAAAAACAGAGACAAUAAUUAAGGGACUUAUCAAAGCCUGCUUUACAUUUGUUAGAGCUGCGCAAAAUUCCCGUUACUUGAUCUCAUUUUAUUAUUUCCAAUUUUCUUUUUACCUUUUUUUUCUUCGUCCUUAUUUCGAGAAACACCUCGAUUUUUGUAGCCUGUUAUAUAGGCUCCGAGAUAGUAGUGCAGCGGGAGCAGGGACAGAGGGGACCAUUUUUUUUUCCACCGCUAUCCCCUUUCCUAGAUCGCGUGCGUCUUAUUUUUAAAUAGGUUUGGUCCUUUUAUCUUACCGAGACGUCCCUACUCUGAGAUCCUACUCAGUAUAUCCGUAAGUUCAACAUGGAUGAUUGAAAACAAGCUUAAAAUUUCGAAUUAAUUAGGUUUGCACAACAUCUACUUAUUAGUAGAUUUCUUGAUGAGUUAGUACACAACUUACAAUUUGUUACCCCCACUUUUUAAAACAACUUAACCAAAUUUUAACAGUAUUUAAUUUUUUUUUUUAAGAAAAUAAGACAAAAAGUAAGCAUGUUCAACAAUUAAGCACUCGUACUUUUUGUUCACUUAUUGGCUGCAUAUCUCCUCCUGAUAAAAAUGUUAACAUUCUUUCAUUUAGUACUUCUAAAGAAACUGUGUUUAGCCUCCUUAAAAGCACACUGAAAGUCAGGACGAAAGAAUUGUGCCCGAAAAAGGCGUUUUAAUGCAAUUUAAUUGGACAAAUAAAUAAGUAUAUUAGAAAUAUAAGAUGGAAUUUCAUUAGAAUUCAUAGAAAAACGCAGAAAAAAUGCAUUUAAAAGAUAUCCUGACCAGAUAGGAAAGAAGCCAAGCAGUGGCUCUUAAUGCCAUCGUCAGGCUACUCGCCGAUAUAAUUAUAUCUGCAGCCUGUUCAUCCUACAAAAGCUGUGUCAGAAGAAUGCAUUGACCAGAAGCAACUAGCUGAGAAUACAGGCUGUGAACUCACUCACUGCGGCAAUUAACGCAGGCAUUAGAUAUAGCUUCUGUUUUCGUUCAGCAAAACCAGCCGGCGGCUCCCUGAAAUAAUUUGAUGAACAAGCGAGUUAAAUUUAUAUAAUUACACCAGCUUAUUGCAUGAUUUUAGUUUGUAACUGCACUAAAAUGAAAUUCAAAUUUCAAAUUAUCUGCAAUCAUCAUAGGUGCCGAGAAAGGAGAAUCCUGAUGAUUUUUGAAAGUGUUCACCGCUAAGAUGUUUUAUUUAUUUAUGUAUUUAUUUUUCAUUCAGUCAUUCCGUUCGCUUAGACACAGAUAUGACUAAUGACAGCAGUUUGCUGGCCUGAAAAGUGGAAGUGCCUUGUGUUUUCUCAUUUGUAGUAACAAAAUAAAGUCCGGAAGAUUCAUCGAUAUUUUGUGGGCAUUUUUACUAAAUAAAACAAUUAUUCAACUCGCACUUGUUCCAUGGAGAUAAUAUAGCCAACCCAUACCCAACAACUCGCAGGUGGAAUAAUUGUGUUACUUAAUGCUACAUGUAACUAAAACUUGGGGCUCAAGUUGGUCGACGAAACUCAAAAGCUGAAUUUGCCGUAAAUUCAGCAUACGUCUAAUAUGGAUAAAUGAUAUGCGUCACGUUACUGGAUUAUGUUUUGACUUUGCCAUGAAAUGGUCUUUACUUACAGCCGUAUCCUUUCCUUUGUGUAGUCUCCUUGUGACAGUUCGCCCUGUAAGAACACUGGAAAAUGCAUUUCACUGUACCAGGAAAAUGGAUAUAAGUGUAUCUGCAUAGAAGGAUUCACCGGAAAAGACUGCGACACGAGUAAGAAAUACUGAGUUGAACCAAUGUUGCUGUUAACUAUAGGGAACGGUAAUCAGCAUCAAGCUGAUGUUAGGUAUUAUAUUAUUGACUUUUACUUCUCUGAGCUCACUACAAUAAAAAAAUAUCUAACUGAGAAGAUUUAAAAACUACCUUAAAAGAAAAGUCGACCAAUAAGUAUCAGGCUGAACUUUUACUUUUCCUUAUAGUUGCCCAACCACAAAUUUCAAUUUCCCUGCUUGAUCGAUAAAGUGACUUAUUUAUAGACACGUUUCUCCAUCAACCUCUAUAUAGAACAACAUUUACGUUUACUAGCUGUGUUUUAACUCUUGCUGAAGUCUAAUGUACCUUAGCUGAAAGGUACAAAUAUAUUUUUUUUUUAUUUAAUAUCUUUCAUCCUCUCUCCUGCAGAUAUAAAUGACUGUGUCAAUAUUACUUGUUUGAACAACGGAACUUGCAUCGACCUAAUCAAUGGCUUCAACUGCAGUUGCUCUCCAGGAUUUGCCGGCAACCGAUGCGAAAUUGGUUAGAUACUUGUUGCUGCUAUUUGCAUUGCAUUUCCGCCAAAACGCAACAUACUAUAUAUCCCGUUUAAACACUUAAUGUUGGACGCUGUUGAAUGCUGAUAACUAAUAAAUAUGGAUCAAUUUUAAUUUAAAUCCGAUCCUACAUGGAUCCUAUAUCAUGGACAUCAUCCGACAAAGUUAAUGUCAUAUUAUGUUAUACCAACAUAAGUUUUUAUCCGGAGGCUCUAGGGUCCGCUGGAUAAUUAUAUGUUUUGCAAUUUUAUUGACCUCGAAUUCCUCUUGGUCCAUGAAAAUGCCGAAAAAAAAAAGACUUGGCCAAUAAUAACGCAUUUAUCUUGGCCAAACAAGUUUGGUCAUUAACGCAUACAUAUUUAUUUGUCGUUAUUUUUUUAUUAUACCGUAAAAUUCCGAAAAUAAGCCCCGGGGCUUAUAUAUUUCAAAGGGCCUUUUUGAGGGGCUUAUUUUUGGAGGGGCUUAUAUUCGGAGGGGCUUAUCUACGGAGGGAAAUUUGCGUUUCAAAAUCAAUUAGGCUUACCUUCUAGUUAGAAGUAAAUUUACCAUUUUUGCUUUGUUUUACUUUGUAUUUAAGACCUCGUGAAGAUAAGACGUGCUGAAAUGUCAACGCCUAUCCAUCACUUCAAAAACUUCAAAGGAAUUGGGUACAACCUUUGGGAUCAGUGAUUUCUGGGAUCGUUUGGGUGAGCAAGAGCUAAUUAUGAUUGGUCGAUGGUAUUCAGGUCAACCAUUAACCAAUCAUAAGCAACGCUUGUUUACCUAAAGAUCUAGAAAUCGUUGCGCUAAGAGCUGGUACCCUUUGCCACUAUAGUUCCUUUUAUAGGGAAUUAGAUAAGUGCCAAAAGCAGCCCAAAAUUGUUUUACGCAAGGUGUAAUUUACGGUUGAAAUCCCCGUGCAAGUGGACGCAACAUUGUUGGAUGUUAAGUGCUAAAAUAGCGUCCGUUUGCACAUUCUGUUGUAUGUCGUUGGUCGUUGCCUGUUAUUGGAGAUCAUUGCGCAAAGUUUAAAACUGAUCAAUCCAGCUGUCAAGCUUUAAGCCCCGUGCAAACAAACUCAAUAUUGUCGGCCAGCAGCUCCUAACAUUGUUGGGAGUUUUUGCGUCUGUUUGCGCGUGGUUUAUUUAUUGCAAUUUUUGGUCUCUGUAUUGCACUUUUGCAUUUCUUAACUUUUAUUAUUAGCGUGCUUCCUAAUUUUGAUGUUAUUUUUGAUAUCAUUCUGUUACAGACAUUAACGAGUGUAAAAGCAACCCUUGUCUCAACAACGGAACUUGCACUGACUUAGUCAACAGAUUCAAAUGCAGUUGUCCGCUUGAAUUUUUUGGGAAACGAUGUGAAACAAAAUCCAAAAAUGGAGGUGAGAAUCAUAAUUAUGGAUCAUGUAUGAUGUGUACCACAAACGAAUUAGCAAGUUGUACUUUGACAGGUUGCCAUCUAUAAAUUCAAGUAGUCCUUCUUUUUUUAAAAGGUGUUUCGAUGCAGUUUUUCAGAGGCCAGGAAACUGAUAUUAUUUUUCCAUAGCUUUAAAAGUGAUUUUAUCCGUAUAUGAUCGCUAUAAAAUUUUCGCCAGCGAUUGACUAUAGAUUGAAAUUUGUCAAAAUGUAGGUUUUAGUAAAAUCGAUAUUACUAUGACAACAAUAAACAAAAAACUUUGAAAUAAAUAAAAGCUGAAUUUUGCGCGAUCUAAACCGGCUACUGAAAAUCCAAUACUGCGAACUUAAAGUUUGGUGUUUAGCAAAUAAACUCCGUUAGAAAUAAAAUGUGAUUUUCAAUAGCCGUGAUAGAUUAUUUAAUAAAAAUGUUACAAAUGACUCAAAUUAUUCUUAAGUAUCAUCAGAAUGCUGCUUAAUAUCAAAUUUCGUUGCUAGGAAAUUUGGGUGUAUUUUCUUUCUUGCAAUCUUGGAAACUAACCCGUUUUUUCACCACCUGUCUAAGUGCAACUUCGUUCAAAAUCUGGACUUUGAGCAGAGUUUUGUGUAUCUCUGAAACGGCUCAAACGAAUUUUGUUUUUUAAAUCUCUUCAAAUAAUCUUCAUAAUGUAUAUAAUGUAUAUACCUUCAACCAAUUUUGAAAAAAAAGAAAAAAAACUGGUGUUCUUAUUGUUUUGUGUCCAAACCUUGUUUUCGCGAUUUUCAGUUCGCACCCUGAUUGGCCGGUUACCCUUCUGUCAAACUUCUCCAAUGUUAUAUUCAAGUAUAUCUUCCUAAAAUUAAAUCUCUUUCCUUAAAGAGGGUCUAGUUUGAUUUCAUUUGUAUUUCCAAUGAUUUCCAGAGUGAGUCAGAAUUUCAAACUGUUUUCUUGUUUGACUAAAUGUCCACCUGAGAGUGUCUGCCGUCAGUUUUGCAAUAUGUCCAUGCACUUGCAACGUCAAUUGCAUUCAUUUUUCUGGAUUGUAGAUUCUUCUGCAGGCUAGUGCUUAUCUAAAAAGGGUUUACUACAAAAUUAUGUACCUCUCGUCCUCCUUUUGAGUUGGCUUGAUGGACGUCCCUUUGUCGCCUGCACAUACUUUCGAGGAAAGUUAUCCCUAAAAAAAUUGCGACACGUCUUCCCGCAAGUUUCGUGCACGGGGAUAGCUGGAUAUAUAAUUUCCCCAGCAAAUUUACACGACUGUGAAACCAAUAAGCUGCAUUAUUAUAUGGCUGAGUCUGUUUUCGCCAUGCGAUUGGUCAAUUUGCGGUACGUAACUUGCUAUACGGACCAAAAUUUUUAAAGAAAACGCUCAUUUCGGAGGUCUAAAUCUCUUUACCUGGGAAAAAAUGUUUAAAUAAAGUUAUAAGACGCCUGUCAACCUUGAGGACUUGAAUGUUGACUUUGGCCUUCAACAUUUUAACUGUGUUUAUUUGUGAACGAAGGCGAUGAAGAAACUAACUCGUAAUCUUAUCGAAGAGGAUUCUAGUCAGUGUUUGAAAAUUUUAUCGUAGUACACAGUUAAGAAGACGAAAAUCGACUGGGUUUCGGAGAAAGUGAAAACAAAUUCGCCAUGUUGAAAGUUUAAUUGGUCAAAACUAAGAGCGCUGUAAGUUUUACCUCUUUAAUGUAACGCUGGAGUAUUUUUGAAACCGGGCACUGUGUCUUUCUCGAAGUCGCUUCCAUCUUUUCUCCGUUGGUCCUUGUCAAAAAAAAAAAAGACACUGCAAAAGGUAAAGAAGCUUUUCAAGGUAAGUUUGUUGUCAUUGUCCAAGGAUUGGCUCGUUAAAUUUUUUGGGAAAACCUCUCGAAUUUCUGCCAGUUCAUUCUCGUCUUCAAGUGUGAUCUGCGUUAAAAUUUUCCCAAACACGGACCAUAUUUUCUUCCACGGAAAGGUUACGAUUCAGUUUCUACAUCAGCUCCGUUCUCAUUCAAACAAAGCAAGGUUAAAAUCUGGAAAGGCAAAGUCAACAUCUAGUUCUCAGGGUUUACAGACAUAUUUUUAAGUACAUUUGGUCAAACCUAAGAGCACUGUAAGUAUUCACUUGCCAAUGUGACGCUGGAGUCUUUGCAAAACUGGACAUUGUGUCUGGCUCGGAGUCGCUUCUAUCUUUCUUUGGUUGGUCUUUGCGAAAACUUUGCAAAUGACAAAGAAGCUCGUCAAGAUGAUCGGGUGCAGGCAUGUUUGUUAUCAUAUUUGUCCAAGGAAUUACUCAAUUCCUCUUUGGCAAAACAUCUCGAAUCUCUGCCAGUCGAUUUUCGUCUUCUUAACUGUGAACUACGAUAAAAUAUUAUUAUCAAACACUGACUAGAAUUCUCUUCGAUAAGAUUACGAGUUAGUUUCUUCAUCGCCUUCGUUCACAAAUAAACACAGUUUAAAAUGUUGAAGGACAAAGUCAAAAUCUAAGUCCUCAAAGUUGAUAGACGUCUUGUGACUUAAUUUCAACCUUUUUUUUCCUAGGUAAAGAGAUUUAGACCUCCGAAAUGAGAAUUUUCUUUGAAAUUUUGGUCCGUAUAGCAAGUUACGUACCGCAAAUUGACCAAUCGCAUGGCGAAAACAGACUCAGUCAUAUAAUAAGAGGUAUUUUUUCUCUUUCACCAAUAGAUGUUAUCUCAACUGUGGUCACACAGUUUCUUUCGCCUGCGAUUGGGAAUGACAGCAACUGGGCGCUGUGUUGGCAGGCCUCCACUCAUGGCUGGGCUGCCAGUACCUUCCACAGCAGAUGUGAUGGGAAAAAACAUACGAUUACGGUCAUCAGAAAAGACCAGUACGUGUUCGGAGGAUACACUGAUAUUCCUUGGUGUAAGUGACUUUUUCGCCGGGGGCGGGGCAAUAAAAGGGACGGAGUCAGCAAAAUUAAUAUUAAACCCCUAAAGAAACCAAACUGGAGUGGCUUAGGCUCUAUUUGACAAAUAAUAAAACAAGUAACCAAUUCCAGAACCAAUCAAGAGCUUUAAUGAUCAUGAAAUUGCCUUGUGCGAAAUAUAUCAAAAUUGAAUGCAGUAUUCGACACAAAAAGCGGCCAGUUAGUUGCAAAUAAUAAUAAUAAUAAUAAUAAUAAUAAUAAUAAUAAUAAAACACUGACUAGAACCGUACAAUACCUACGUGAAUACAGUCACUUUAGCUACGAUCACAUUAAGGCCCUAACAACAGAUAACUAUAGUUUAAUGAUAUGUCCAAGUCAUUUGAGAUAAAUAUUAUCCUCGAAGACUUGUGUAUUGACAUGGUUUUGUCGGUAGACAUCUGGAGCUUGUAUGUUUUGGUUUUGCUUUUCAGAUUCUGCUCGGCACCUUUGUAGCAACUUUUAGGAUUUUGAGCAACUUUUUUUCAGAGAGCAACUUCUAGCAACUUUUCGGAAAACUAGCACUUUUUGGUAACUUUUUGGCUAUCUUGAACCAAAAUGCUGAUAAACCCCCUUUUUUUAAAUAAAAAGUUAAAAUUCUCUUGGUUAAAAUUCUAAACAUCUUCCUAGUAAAACUAUUUUUAAAUUUUUAAUUUUUUAAAUUUUUUUUUUUAAUUAAAAAAAAAAUUUCGUUGCCCCGGACGAGCAUGGUUUCCCCUUCUUCCAAGUGAAAAUGUUUACUGGAAGUGUAAGUGUGCUGCUCACUAGUACAUCAUUAAAAAUUAAAAAUCAAAAAAAUAAAAAUAAAAAUAAAAAUAAAAUUAGGCAUGCUGUCUUAAAAAUAUUCGAGCAACUUUACAAAAUUUUUGAGCAACUUUAUCAAUUUUGAGCAACUUUUGAGCAACUUUUUGGCAUAUUUCUUAGCAACUUUUUAGCCUUUUCGGAGCAGAAUCUGGAAAGGCCUACUGGGAAAAACAUAGCCUCCCAGGCAGACGUUCUUAGGGGUUCGUCACGCAGGAACGCGUGACGAACCUCUAAGAACGUCUGCCUGGGAGGCUAGGAAAAACAUAAAACUUAAAGUAGUCUUUAAAUAGUAGGUGUCAUUUACGUACCUGUAAUACCUACAGGGGUUGCUGUGGCAAAAACCCUUUUCUUUUGAGUAUUCUGUUUAACCAUUAUAUAGCGGAGGAAAGACUGGUAAGCCCAUAGCUAUAUCACCUGACUCUUGCUUAAAGAACUGUCUUCUGUAGACCAGGGAAUGACCAGCUAAGCUUGUAUUUCUAACAAUGGGCCGUAAACAGAAGCUCCUGCGGUAAAGGAAUUCCUUCUUUGUGGAUCUUGAACAGUCCUAAAAUUUGAGGGGGUGGGGAGAGGAGAGCCUGCUGUGUUAAAGAUAUCAAGGAGACCCAUCCACCCGCCCCCUUUUAGGCGUGGUUCUCCGACGUUAGUAAAGAUUUUAACGUUUAUUCCACUCUUUGCAUUUUUCUUUAUGAAGUUUUGAUGCGUCAUCGGUUAAUAGUUAACAACGGCGCUUUAGAAACCAGAAGGAAUCUGGAUCUAAUUAACUUUUGCAAAGACUUCUGGGACUGUUACUAGGGACAGUAACGAUCCCAGAAACAAUUGCGGGACGCAUUUCGUCUCCAGUUCCCUUUUCGUUUCUAAUGUGGCGAAAUUAAGUUUGCUAAGAAAAACCUUUCACCUCGGAUUUACAUCGUCUACGAAUAACUGCUCCAUUUCCGUGGCUCUUAAAUCCAGAGGAGAAAGUCGGUGGUAAUUAACAAGCUUUCGGAUCAUGUUUACCCGCACAGUCAACAGCUAAACCGCAGAUAGAACGAUAUAGUAGGUGGUUCAAGGGGCAAUUCCAGGAAGGGAAUAAUCCCUUAUAUGACCUGUACGGGGAUAUGCCGCCGGACAGGGUAUGAUUUUCAUCCUCUCUGUCCUAAACAGGGUAAACAAUUUCGCAAAGUCUUCCCUAAACACUGUACAUGUCAAAUUUCAGAAUUAAAACAGUAAGCUGAUUCUUACGGCAUGAAGAGUGAUAGAAAAAAUAAAGAGAGAAAGCAAAAAUAAAGUGGUGAAUUAUGUCCAUGUCCUUUGUCCUAAACAGGGUAUGUAUUUUUUCUUUUGUCCUAUAAACAGGGUCAACCCUCAGCGGCUCACCUCUACUUAAAUAUUGGACGAGUAACCCUCCACCCCCCACCCCCAUGGGGGAAAUGUUAAAUGUCAGGUAGUUGAAAGCUGAAAUUAUAAUUCAGGUUUUUCUUUCUUGUUUAUUAUUGUUUUUCAGCGUCUGUGAAUGGAUACGCUGCUACUUUCAAGUCCUUUAUUUUCUCUCUGGUGGACAAGGAAGGACUUGCACCAUUUAAGAGCAUGGUAAAACAGAACAGUCUGUCAUCAUAUGCAAUUCACGGUGGGUCAAGACACGGUCCAUUCUUUGGUCGUGGGUAUGACAUCUACAUUGCUGAUAAUGCCAAUCAGAAUAGUAAUUCACACACUAAUUUUGGCGACUCUUACUCUCCUCCGAAUGGAGUUUCUGACCGUCGUACAAUCCUGGCUGGAACCCGUCUCUUUUCACCUGACGAGGUUGAGGUAUUUUAUCUCUCUUGA